CUAAAGUAUUCAACAAUAUGUUGAUACUUCAUUUUAUCUUUUUGUUAUCAACAACUCUAUUUACGAAACAAAUUUUCGGGUAUGUUAUACCAGCUUGUACAGAAUCAUCAUAUGGACGUUUCCCAUAUCUUAAAAGCUGUACCAAGUUUUUUGAAUGCAAGAACGGACAAGUGACGGUUUAUAGUUGCAGACCUGGCUUAGCUUACAAUCCCGUUCUAGCAGACUGUGAUUUACCUGAGAAUGUACCAGGUUGUGAAGAUAUUCAAGCUCAAGAACAUACAUUAGUAGUUUGUCCUCGAAAUUUUAUUGGACAAGUGCCUCAUCCGAAGGAUUGCGAGCAAUAUGCUCAAUGUUUCCGUGGCCUUACUCACUUUAUGAUCUGUGGUCCUGGAUAUGUAUACAAUAUUGAAACUGGCUAUUGUGAUGUAAGAGAAAACGUUCCAGGAUGUCAAGGAAAUUUCGGAAACGGAGUAAACUUCCGAGGGGAUAUAGCUAUUUCAUUACAAACUGCUCGAAGUGCUCCAGGUAGGGUGGAACCGUAUGAUGGAUAUCAUCCUCGAGCACCCUGUUUAACUCCAGGAUGUUUACCUAUUAAUCGACAACCUCCAAGACUUAAUGUGACAUUCCCAUCUGCGCCUGUACCACCACUCAAUAAACCUCCAGUUCCAUUUCGAAAAAUUGAAAUAGAAGAAUCAACUCCAAACUCAAUAACUGAAAAUUUAUUUACAUCAACGGAUGAUAAUUUGGUCACUGUUUCUGAUAAAUCUUCAACGAAUGCAGUUAAUAGCUAUCCCAGUAUAGACGAAACUAAAAUAGUUAAUGAUAAAGAAACAUCAAGUACCAUCAAUACUGAAUUUUCUUCAGAUAUUCCACAAGUUAUAACAAAUGAAGAAACUACAGUCGAUUAUACUACGACGAGUGAAGCUAAAACUGAAAUAGCUAAUGAUGAAGAAAAAUCUAGUACUAUCGGCACGGAAUUUUCUUCUGAUAAUUCACUAGCAAUAACAAAUGAAAAAACUACAGCUGAUUAUACAAAGCCUACAAAUGAAGCUGAAACUGAAGAUAAAAGUAAACCAGAUCAUACAGCCACAAUUUUAUCUGAUCUUUACAGUGGAGAAACAAUUGAUGUAACAAUUACAUCUACUUAUGUUGAUAAAGAGCCCGUAACAACAACUGAAGAUGUAACACCAAGUAGGGAAGUCGAAACUCUUGUCAACAAUGUAACUUCAGAAGUGACAAAAUCUGCUGAUACUAUAGCUCCAGCAGAACCAGAAACUGCUGAAUCUUCUGAGGAAGGACUUCGUGUAGUUAAGCUGAAUAUACCAGAAACUAAUAAGAAUUCGUAUCCAAGAGUUAAUUCCCGAUUUUUUGAACUUUCAGAAAAAGAAAGUGGGAGAUCCGCAGAUUCAUCUGAAAGCUGGUUCAAAAAUUUAUGGUCUUCUAAUUCGAAUAUAAUAAAAAAUGAUGGUGAAAUAAAAAAAAAGGAAUCUAAUGGAAAUUCAUCAGGAAACGAAUUAAAAAAUUCUAACAAACAAGGAGAUGUGAAUGGGAAAGAAUCAACGACGUCUGCUUUUCCAACCAAAUCCAAUUUACGUCAGCCAUUCUACGUAACAAUUAACGGCACAAGAUAUCAUUAUAUAUACAAAGAUGUACAAAUAGAUCAAAAUCAUUCGAAAGUUCGAAGUUACAAUCAUGCACCUCUAGUUGCUAAUGUAAAAGUUUCCAAAGCUCCUUUGCAGAUCAAUAAAACAUCUAUCAAUUCAGGCAAAUCCAAUAAUCAAUUAAUGUCUUGGCUAGAAAAUUUUUUUUCCAUUUCAGCUGAACCACCUUUCCCAUUUUCUUAUACACCUCCAAUCUAUUUUCGAAGUCUCAGAAAUAUUCCUAAAUUAACACCUUUAUCAGGCCAGUCACUUCGAUUAAGAGGUGGAUCAGAUUUAAAUCAUGGAUAUGUUGAAGUUCAAGGUUCUAAACCAGGUUGGGGAGUAAUUUGUCACACAGCAUCAAAUUGGACUUUUCAACAAGCUGAUAUUAUUUGCCAUCAACUAGGAUAUUCCCAGGGUGCUCAAAUGGUUUGGAAAGGUCGUUAUAAUGAGGAUGAAAUUUACCCUUGGGUCGCAACUUCAUACGCCGAAUGUCAAGGCAAUGAAACUUGGUUCCAAACAUGUAAAUUCCGCAAUAAUUCAGAUUGUAAUAUUCAACGAGAUAUGGUAGGAAUAAGGUGUCUUCCGAAUAAUGAGACUUAUUGUCGUGAAGAUGAAGUAUUCUACGGAGGAUACUGCUACCAUUUAACGAAAUCAAACUCAAACUUAACCCAUGAAGAGGCUGCACAAUAUUGUAGAGAAAGAUCAUCUUCACUUCUGUAUAUUACAAGCCAAAAAGAAAAUGAUUUUGUGUCUGAAUGGUUAAUUCGACAACAUCCAGAUAUUAAAUCAGUUACGAUGGGUGGCUUGGGAUUUCCAGCUUCAAAUCGAUCUCAGUGGAUUUGGAAAGAUACUCAUAAAACUAAAUUCAUUUUCUCUAAAUGGUGGCCAGGAUGGAAUAGUGAAAGAAUACUACCACCUUAUGUAAAAUCAGGAGUUUCAUGUAUGGUAAUGAAGAAAGAGUUCCCAUGCAAUGACAAUCAGAAUACCAAGUGUCAUACUGACUAUUUCUUCUGGGAUACUGAAAGAUGUGGAAUUUCUCAACGAGACUCUACUUAUAUUUGUAAAAGAUCAAACAAUGAUCAUUUUUAAAAAUAUUUGAUUAAUUUCAUUUGUAACAAGAAGAAAAUUUUGUCUCAAUUUUAUUGAUCAAUUUUGAAAUUAGGAAUAUUUGAUUAAU